GAUUGUUGCCGUCGAUAACAUCACCGCCGAUUGUCGCGCCGUGUUGUACUUGUUGCGGUGAAAGCGCGGCUGAGGUCUUUCUGCUUGUCUAUAGCGAACUGUCGCUCUUCAUCUGUUUUUCGUUCUUUGCUGUAAGGCGCUGUUCCGCUGUUAUUUGGUUUGUUGCUGGUUUUGUUCAGCCUGGUUCACUCCAGUUAUAUGCAGGCAUAGUGUUGUGCUUGGCACUUCAAUUGAACCUCGACUUCGUCGCCAUGGCAGCGGCGGCAACCGCGGACUCGCUGCUUUAAGGAUCUUCUAUUACAGGCCAUUGGUGGCAAGUGGAGACAGGUACUCAUACGCGCUAAUACAACGGAGACAAAGCGCAGAUCUACUAACACACAUUAUCUACUAUACGCGUUAAUAUAUGCAACACGCUUACGCAGUGAAGAAACCUGGGCAGCAGUGAUACUCAAAUAUACUCUCCGCAAGCGUGAUCAGAGGCAGUUAUCAAAGAUAAGCUAAUGAGCCGACUGUAUAUUGUGUACCACUGACGUCUGCAAUUUCCGGUACUCCCUUCAGAUAUUGUACAACUGACGUAUGAACUCUUAGGUACGCGCCAUCAGCCAAGUGUCUCCUCGGUGCACCUGUAGAUGAACUCAUAGAAGCAGGAGAUGAAAUAGCGCCGCGUGGCGUCUACGUUAAUUGGUACGGCAGAAAUCAGUAACCGAAAAUAGCUCAGAUUUGACAAAGCCUUUUAGAUAAAGGGAGAAAACAAAAAUGGUGGCAGGAUGUGGGGUUUGCUUGCUAACUGUAUCGCUCACUUCUGUGGGACUAUAAAGAGAGCAGUCACGUCAAUUAGCCUAUUAAGGACUUAGCACAAGACAAAUGUCAAUCCAACAGGUGACCAAGAAGGACCAAACUCGAACCACACAGAAGACACACUGUGCGUGGAUUAAGGUAUUCAUAUGUUUAUUAGGAAAUUAUUAAAAAACAGAUCGGAGUGAUAAAGACACAAUGUAAAGGUGAAUGUGGAAUAGCAGGCUUCAUUAGCGAUAGAAUAAACUCUCGUGCGAUUAUAGGUCAGAAAUCAGGUGCGACAUUCGGGUGAAAAUUUAAUUGUAGGUUGGAUCAGGUUUUUGGAACGUACUUCAGUGAUCCAUGGAACUGUAGAUUAUGGAAGAAGUAAUUACCUCGCCGCAUGUUUCCUUAUUGGAUUUCGAACUAUGGACAAAGUUUCGUGAAGUUACUAAUGAGAUGAUUGUUACUAAGAGUGGACGACGAAUGUUUCCUGUUAUUCGCGUACAGCUGUCCGGACUUGAACCUUCAGCGAGAUACUCUAUUCGACUCGAACUGACGCAGAUUGGAAGAAACAGGUACAAGUUUCAUGGAACGGAAUGGGUCACAAGCGGAAAGGGUGAAGCGGCUUCUUCCCAGUGUGGAUUUCAUCAUCAGGACUCCCCAAAUACGGGAGCCUUCUGGAUGAAGGGGCCCGUGGCCUUCAAUAAAGCUAAGCUUACUAAUAAGCCCACAGCAGAUCCGCGAUAUAUUGUACUAAAUAGUCUACACGUAUAUGAGCCUCGCGUUGUUAUUACCCGAGAAGAUGUAGAGAGCUUCAGUGACACACCACUUAGUCACCACGUCGUCUGUAGUCCAUCAACAGCCGCAGUCCCGUCCGUACAUCUCGGCGAAUGGAGCUUUCCUCUGCGCGAAACCCAGUUUGUAGCUGUUACGGCAUACCAAAAUGAGCGAGUUACCCAGCUCAAAGUACGCCAUAAUCCGUUUGCCAAAGCGUUCCUUGAUUCGCGUAACGGCGACGGACAAAUGUUAGGAUCGGCGAGUAAGUCGACUGUACCUGUGGCCAAGCAGUCUCGACAAGUGCAGCAACUGCAUUUACAACAACAACAGCAUCAUCCUCAACAGCAACCUGAAUACCUGAUGCAAACGCAACAGCAGGGGCCUAACCUUCAGCCUCAGCAUCACCUACAAAUGUUUCACACUUCAGACAGUGGUCCCUUUCAGCGGGGCCACCUGUCGCACAAUGGUGACUUAAGCCCUUCCGGUCCGAGUAGGACAGCUGGUGACAUGCGUGGGAGCAUUUCCAGCCUACUACCUUCGACUAGUUCAGAAGUUUCCUCGCCGUUCUAUAGCAAUCCUGUUCCAUCCGAUUACUGGAAGAAUGAGGCGUAUCGGAUCUUUGCGCCCCCUUCGGCCGGUCUAGUGAGAAGCUCCGAACACCCCGAGGAAGGCACCGCAGGUUUUAUAGGUAGUCAAACUUCUAUGGGUAGUAUCCCCACUACAGGAGAAACUGGCUCCCAUACUAUAGAAGCAUCACACACGGAAGCAGCCCCCUCACCACCCAGUCCAGUACCUCAAAUGCCAAUUCCAUUUCUACCGAGUUCAUCUUUUGGAUUCCCCUAUAUACACUUUGUCGACAAUUGCGAGCCUCCUCCGCCAUCACAGGAUCUCGAACAACUUUAAUGAAAGCUCUGCUAGUCUUUUCC